UGGAGCACGCCUGUGCUGGACAGUGCCGGUCAGGAGGAGCUAGUCCCGUGUAAAGGGCCUCGAACGGUGAUGUCGGACGGCAGCUGCUGGUCGUGGCGGGUGGUUGUAGACUCCAAUACUGACGAGAAUGGAUACCAGUACGCUAUGAGCUUCGGGGAGGGUUCAUCCUGGAUGAAAGAGAGCGAUGUUUGGUGUUAUGUGCGCCGACGGGUUUUCAGAGGCACGAAGGUGAAGGCAGGUAAAGCAUCACCACUGAUGGAGAAG